CCAUUUGUAGCGGCGCUGGAGGCUGCGUUUCGCAGGCGCUAAGGAGACGUGAGGAGCGCGACCCCCGGCCGCGGCCGUCCUUGGUCUCUGCGGUCACCCAGGUUCUCCGAGCCUCAGGCGGGACCCGGCCAGCUAGGGCGCCGCGCUGCUGCCCGGACCGGUUCUUUCGGCAGCUCCUGGCGCCCGGGACCCUCCCCGGCCGCUCACCCGCAGCCCGCCGUCCGCCCAAGUCCCCGGAGCCGGGCCUAGGGCGGGCGGCGGCUCGGCGUGGCCGGGCUGGGUUCGGCGGCGUCCCCAUGGCCGCGGCCGGCUGGCGGGACGGCUCCGGCCAAGAGAAGUACCGGCUCGUGGUGGUCGGCGGGGGCGGCGUGGGCAAGUCGGCGCUCACCAUCCAGUUCAUCCAGUCCUAUUUUGUAACGGAUUAUGAUCCAACCAUUGAGGACUCCUACACAAAGCAGUGCGUGAUUGAUGACCGGGCAGCCCGGCUAGAUAUUCUGGAUACAGCAGGACAAGAAGAGUUUGGAGCUAUGAGAGAACAGUAUAUGAGAACUGGAGAAGGUUUCCUGUUGGUCUUUUCAGUCACAGAUAGAGGCAGUUUUGAAGAAAUCUAUAAGUUUCAAAGACAGAUUCUCAGAGUAAAGGAUCGUGAUGAGUUUCCAAUGAUUUUAAUUGGUAAUAAAGCAGAUCUGGAUCAUCAAAGACAGGUAACACAGGAAGAAGGACAGCAGUUAGCACGACAGCUUAAGGUAACAUACAUGGAGGCGUCAGCAAAGAUUAGGAUGAAUGUAGAUCAAGCUUUCCAUGAACUUGUCCGGGUUAUAAGGAAAUUUCAAGAGCAGGAAUGUCCUCCUUCACCAGAACCAACACGGAAAGAAAAAGACAAGAAAGGCUGCCAUUGUGUCAUUUUCUAAGAAUCCCUUGAAUUUUAGCUACCAACUGCCAGGAAAAGCCCUCGUCUUCUCCUCUUCUUAACGGUUUAUGUCACGUUGGUACCUUUCUAGCCUUAGACAAAUGAUCACCAUGGUAGCCUUAGACCAAGAAGCUGGCUAAUCCUUUCCGUGAAGCUCAUCCUAUGGUCAUUUCAAGACAGAUUUAAAGGAAACACUAAGGCUGCUUCAAAGAUAUCUGAUUCCUUUAAAAAGUAUAUCUAUAUACACAGACACAUUGUUUUUUAAGGGCUUUCUUUUAUUAGGGAUGAAUCAGUUUUGGAACCUAAGCUGUUUGCCAAGUUGGAGUCAGAGGUUGUAAAAUUACUUUUAACUUCUGGAAUCAUAUUGCCUACUGUUACUCUAUAUAGAAACAUAGGGAGUUUUUUUUAAAUGUGAAUUUUUGCCUGUCUCUAAAAAUUUUGAUGUCAACUUCAGUUAACCUUAAAUACACUGAAUUGAAUCCAUAAAAGUGAGACAUCUCAGAUCUUUACUGAUGCUACAGCCUUUGUUUUCCAGUGGCCAAAAUAAGAAAAUGCCUAUUGUAUUUAUAGGUUAAAAACUGUGUGUAAAUCCUUUACUAUUACUCCUAUUCUUAAAGAUAAUAUUCUGUGUGGCCAAAUAUUUGGACUCAUUCUGGACUUAAGCAUUUCAGUGUUCUUGGUUUUUUAAUUUAACUCUUUUCACAGCCAUGUUGAGAGUGAAAAUAAAUAAUUUCCGUCUGUCUUCCUUUUCAAGUAUUUCUGGAUAAGGGAUUCAAAAAACUAAAACUGUUUUUGUUUGUAAUAUAAAAUAUGGAAUUGAUCUUUCCAGGGUCAGAGAUGAUUAAUGUUUUUGCUAUAUACUUUUAUACAUUAUUUUCUUAUCAAACUAGUUAACAAGUAUUUUUAUAUGUUUGUAAGCAAAUAUGCUUUCACAGCAUAACUUGUGUAUAUGUAAAGAUAAGUAUUUAAUUCUCACUGUUCACUUUUAACUGACAAAGAAAACAAAGUGAAAAACUACAGAAACUGUGGUAGAACCUUACUUGCUGUCCGGGUCCUGGUUGUACCCACCUUUGGCCAGUCACAUAACUACAUAAGAAACCUUCCCAAAAGAGUACAACAGGAUGACAUUGAACUCACUUCUGAUGUUCCCUUCUGGAUUUUGGCUGUUCUAUCAAGUAGUCAGUGCUAAAACUUUUAAUUGACAAUUAGUAUAACUGUGGAUGGCUUCUGUUUUUAAUUCUGUGGAUUGUGUUUAAACAAUUCAAAAAUAUGUUCCUAAUUUUGAGAUACUGAGUGGUAUUGCACAGUUGUCACUUUACUGAAUGUGUACAACAGUCCCAUGAAGUCUAUAAGGCUUACCCUUGUAUAGCUUCUGGUGCUAGAAUUAAAAUUGAUCUGUUAUCACAAGA